AUGACUUCUGUGAGAAAGAGAAAAAUGAAUAAAUCUUCCAUAGGGAAGGCAACUAGAAGAAAUAAAGAUAAGCAAAGAAAGAUUAAUAUUAGAUCAAAUCCAAUCAUUGCAGAAAACUGGGAUUACUCUUUGACAUUAGCUCAGAACUAUAAGAAACUGGGUCUAAGAGCUAAAUUACAAACACCUGCAGGUGGUCAAGAAGCUAAUUAUGAUAAGAUUGUUAGGAAAGAGCCUUUAACGCAUUCAUCAUAUUUCAAAAAUGAUGAUGAGGAACAAGAAGAGAGUUCAGACGAUGAAGUGAAUGAAGACGAAUUAAAUAGUGAUGGUGAAUAUGAUGUCAAUAAAAUACCAGAAGGUGAAGGCAGAAUAGUUCGUAAUGCAAAUGGCAAUGUCUUAAAGAUUGUUUAUGGUAAAAUGAAAGCGUUUGAUGUUGAUCAAGAUGUUUCAGAACUUAAGAAAUUAGUAGAUUCAAAUUCCGAGAAGAAGACAGAGGUAGUUAGAAAACUAGAAGAGUUUGCAAGUAGACCUGUACUAAAGAAGGAAAGAUAUCAAAGUGACAGAGAGGAUGCUUGGCUUGAAAGUCUGUAUAAAAAACAUGGAGACAAUUAUAGAAAAAUGUUCUUUGACAAAAAGUUAAAUAUAUACCAGCAGAGCCAAGGUGACUUGAAAAAGAGGAUCACAAAAUGGAAACUAAAACAUGGUAUUGCAUAA